AUGCUAGAUUUGCACAAUAGUUGGGAUACAGAAACUCUCUAUCAAGAUGAAGUAAACAAUUGCAAUUCCUGCGCAGACGAGAGUCCAGUGCCCGAAAAUGGCAUCCUAUGUGGGCCUACCCUACGCCUGAUUGGUGUAGAAUAUACCUCUAAUGUUUAUCGUGCAAGUAUGCUUUUGGUCUGCCGCAAGGCACCAACGCCUGAGGUCCAAUUCGUCCGCGGUCCCACCGAUGGUCGAGAGGGAAAUCCUGACUCCCUCGAGCAGGGAGUAUUCCCAAGUACAAUGUUUUACGAAGAACAAGGUAUUAGGUUCUACAGGUUUACAAUUGAGUUCAAAAUGGCUCUGUACGAGCAAAUUGUGAAAUAUUCCGUGAAUGACGUUCACGAGCCCCAUUACCGAUUUUUCAUCCCUAGUAGCACUCAGGAUUUUAACACCAUCUCCUACUCCUGCAACGGGUUCUCUCUUAAUGUCGAUACCACUUCAUUUCAGGGUUCUAUGUGGUUCGACAUAUUAAACAAACACGCAAAGACACAUUAUCAUGUCAUGCUUGGCGGCGGAGAUCAAAUUUAUUCCGAUGGCAUCAACGUCUUCUGUAAAGGUUUCCAAAAAUGGCUGAAAGAGAAAAACUCGGUUAAGAAAUUCAGUGCAAAGCUCACGCCCGAAUUGCGUGCUGAAAUCGAAGCUUUUUACUUUAAAGAAUAUCUCGAGUGGUAUGGCUUUGGAUACUGGAAAGGAAGUACUCCAAAGUCGAAGACUACGCAGAGGUGUUUUCCCAUUGCUAUGGCCACUAUUCCUUCGGUGAACAUCUGGGACGACCAUGAUAUUAUUGACGGGUUUGGUUCUUACGCAGACUCCUUUCAGAGAAACGAGGUAUUCAGCGGAGUAGGAAAAGCUGCGUACAAGUAUUACAUGCUUUUCCAGCACCACGUCUCGAUACAAGAACCAGAGGCUUACUUGGAAGAUCCUUCUUGGUUAUUGGGUGCAAAAGGCGGUGACUACAUCGGUGAGAAGUCCCAUUCAAUCUUCACAAGACUCGGUCCUAAUAAUGCUUUGCUCGGUCUGGAUUGUAGGACUGAAAGAAGACUUAAACAAAUAGUUACAUGGGACACUUACGAUCUUGUCUUCAAGCGAUUGGAAAAAGAGGUUUCUCAUGGCAAAAUAGACCACCUGAUGGUAAUGCUAGGGGUUCCAAUAGCGUAUCCCAGGCUAGUGUGGCUGGAGUUGAUUUUCUCAUCCAGGUUCCUCAAGCCAAUGAAGUACCUGGCCAAAAAAGGCUUGAUUGCGCCAGGGCUCAUCAAUUCUUUUAACGGAGACGUUGAACUACUUGAUGAUCUGAAUGAUCAUUGGUGUACUCGCCACCACAAGCCCGAAAGGAACUACUUGGUCGCGAAGCUUCAGGAUUUUGGAGCCAAGCACGGGACGCGCAUAACUAUUUUAUCCGGCGAUGUUCACCUGGCUGCUGUCGGCCGCUUCCGUUCCAAGCUUCAUUCACAUCAUAUCACAGGUGCAAAGGAACAGCAAGUGCAAAAAAUCUUAGCUGAGCCUGAAAAGGACGUAAGGUUGAUGUUCAAUAUAAUUUCGAGCGCUGUGGUCAACACCCCCCCUCCUACUCCCAUGGCUGUACUUCUGCAAAAGCGGUCUGGCAUCCACCAUUUUGACAAGAACACUGACGAGGAUACAGUACCACUAUUCCGUACCGAAGUCGACUUGUCCCAUAGAAAGAGUUUCUCUUUUAUGAAUCGUAGAAACUGGUCAGAUUUGAUACCUGUUCAGAACAUAAUGAAAAGUGAUUAUCUCCGCCAACUCUACCAAAUUAAAGAGGGCGAUCUCUGUUACCCUGGAAUCGUCGGGGAUAUGGGACUUGAAAAAGCGAGAGGUGGUGCUCCGCCGCGAGCUGGAGACAAGCAGGCUGUCACAUAUCCUGUCACUGCCCGGGGCUUGAUUUGUGCAAUUCAUGUGGAAAAAGACAGCUUCAACAAAAAGUCACUAUCUGAAGCCUACGCUGUGGUGGUUCCUGAACUACAGACAGUAGCCACGAGCUUGUCACAUGAGGGUAUCAAACAUCUCGGUCCUGGCAUGUAA